AGGAGUUUCACAGACACUUGUCAAUUUCCAUUCCGAGCAGUGAAUUUUUAGUUUCUUUAAUUUUUGUUUCUGUUUUAUCCUCUUUCAAUUCUUUUAAACUUAUUUCAGUUAUAAACAAGGUCAGGGGCUCCAGGUGAGGCUUCAUGGCAUUUUGAAGCGUAUCAACAGUGAGGAGCUUCGCAACAGGGUGACGAGCUGGCAGAGGAUACUCGCGAGUGCCUCGUCCAGGUUCAAGGCGUAUUCGAACGACCAGAAUGACGUGACAGUCGAGCCGGAGACAGUAGAACCGUAUAAAGCCUCCGGCGCAUUAGCAAUGGAGGAAGAGGCGAAGGCAGAACUGAAACUCCUCACCCCUGUGGAGGAGAAUCCUCCACGGACCAAAUCACCUGUUCAGCAAUGGGUCGACGCAAUUCCUGUUAAUGAAACACCUAGGAGGGAAGAAGAAAUGCCACCGAUUAAUGAGGAUGAUGUGAAUGACGUGGAAGUCGAAAGUCUUACUCUAGGAGCAGAAGCUCCUGGUGUGUCAUGUCCUAGGCCGUAUCCUUCAUUUCAUGUUACAAAUGCGUGCGGAGGAAGCGAUGCGGGGAGCCAUUGUUCGAGUAUGGAAUCCCUCUUGGAGGCUCGUAAACCGGAUCCGGAGGAGCUGCUCUUCGAGCUCGGCUUCGGCGGUUCCGAAGAGCCAAACAUGAUUUCCAGGAUCCCAUCGAGGUUUUUACAGCCGUCAAAGCUCAAAGGCAUCUCGAUCGACGAUUUUCUCAAGCAUCAACAGCUGAUGAUGCACACGUUUCAAUCCGGUUCGAGCGGCUACAGAGGACUCACAGGGCCAUCUCACGCCAUGCCUUCAGGCAUCGUUGGGAAGAUAAUGGAUCGGUUGCGGGAAGCCGAAGCGGAGCGUCAACACCACAUUCAGCAGCAGCAACAAUACCAGCAGCAGUUCCAACAGCACCAGUUUGCAGGUCAGCAGGUGGGCUAUAGCUCCAAGCUCGCUCGUUUGGCCCACAACCUCAUCCAGAAAAUAAAGUGCGUGAAAGAAGUGAGCGUUCUAAGCCCAGAGAACCGGAAUUGGUACGAAAGCCAGGGAGACAAGUCUCCAGAGCCGUCGAACAAAAGAAUCAUAAUAGGCCAGCAGUCUUUCACAUUUUCAAAGGACGGCAGCCUCAUCGAAUCGUCAAACAUGGAAAAAACGGGAAGCAGUUCGGAAUGCGCUAGCAGGACAGAAAGUGCGCAAGGGCAGGAGGUUGGCAAGGGUGAAAGCGAAGAAAAAAGUGAUAAAGGGACCAAAUGCGAUGAUCAGCCUUCUACCCACACACAAAGUUCCUCGAAUUUAAAUUCAUUUGAAAUCGAACAGCUUCAAGUGGAAUAUAAAAGUCUCAGUGGAUUAGUAACAGAAUUGAGUGAUUAUUCUACAAAAAUUGGAUCUGAAGAAGAGUUUUUCAACAUGUCACAUGAUGAGAGGAAACAAUUGCAAGUCGGUGUUAUCGAAGCAGCUCUCAACACGUACCAAAAACGUCUCAGGGAACUUGAUUUUAGAUCGCAUUUCAGAGGUCUGCUCAACGGUCAGUUGAACAAAGUCACGGAUCUUUUAGAUGCAAACUCUUCCCCGAGCGUCGCCACGAUAAUCAAAGAGAUGACGUGUCUUCUAAGACACCAGGAAAAUUUAAAACAAGAGCUGACCCUACACAAGGAUCCGAACUUGCUCAAUUACGAUGAGCCGAUGUCCUGACGCUCGGUCUUAACAUAGACGGCUGUUCAUUUCGAGGAUUCAGGGUAGACAAGUCUGAAAUGACUUUAAAUACAAAAGAAAUCAGGGAACCAGGGUUUUCGAGCAUUUCAACAGGGUCGUAAUCUCUACGGGAGAUUUUCGUCGAUUGUUUUGAAUUUUUUUCAGUUUUUUCAAAACAGAAAGCUCGGUGAUAAGGAGAAAGAACGGACUUCGUUCAUGCACUGUAUUUUAAUGAUAUUUAUAGUAGUUUAUCUCAAAGAUGUAUUUAAAAAAAUAUAUAUGUAUUUAAAAAUUUAACAAAAAGAAGCUUUAAAUGUCUAUUUUUAACUCUUAAGGGAAAUUUUUUGGUCUAAAUUCUGUGAUGGAUAAAAUCAAACACAAUAAGAAGUAGAAUUGGGAAAAGGGUCUUUUUAUUUUAUUUUAUAAUUAUUUAAAAAAAGAACGUUAUAUAUUAUUAUAUUAAAAAUCAAUUUAUAUUUUAUAAAAAGUAAAGCCUUGAUACAAAAUUAAAUCAAUAUAGUUUUACAAAACCCUAAAAGAUGUGGGUAUUUAAUCAAAGUCAAAAUUCCAAUCUUAACCCAAUGCUACUUCUUUAGCGUAUUUCUAUUUUCUAAGUGUUAGUUUUAUUAUCUAUUGUACAUACAUAAAUUUUAAAAUAGGCCUAAGGGUCAUGUUGUGUUUGUA